UUUACCUCUAGAAAUCAAAUUCAUAUUUAUAUCAUCUAACAUCAUGUCCAAUAGACCAAACUUACAAGUAAGUAAAAUUCGACAUGAAAAAUUGAUUCUAUCAUUUUCUACAUAGAGUCAACACAAUAAAUUUGUCAUGAGAAAAAUGUUUGUUUUGACAAUGAUAAUUUCCAUUGACGAAAGAAACUGAUUGUCGAUAUACAAAAAGAACCAAAUUUGGAAAUAUAAGCAAAUUUCUUUCUUUACGAAAUGAAUAAUCAUCCAAAGAAUGAUUUUGAAUAAUAUUCAAUUUUGUUCAGUUUAUUUUUUUCGUGCUACCAUAGUUGUAAUGGGUCAAAUACCAUUGUCUCAUUCUGGUCCAUAUGGUUCUCAUGUUGCCGAUGACGUAUCAUAACAUCAACAAAAUCCAUCGUUGCAAUUAUCUUCUAUUAGUAAUAAUCAAUUUCAACAAUCGAUAAAUAUUCAAACUUCUUCAUCUUCAUUAAAUUCAAAUGUUGAUUAUUUAGAUGGAAAUUUAUCUGAAUCAUUUUCAUUUCAAGUUGCACCAUCAUCAAUAAAAGUAACUUAUUUAGGUUUAAAAGGUUAUUUAUUAUAUGUAUUGGUUAUGGGAUUUUCAAAUAGAUAA